AUGCUUUUCAAAUCCCUCCCUCAAAGCAGGCGAUACUAUGCAGCAGGUGUGCCUGGUUCUUUCUAUGGUCGCAUAUUUGCUAAUGCUUCCAUUCACCUAGUUCACUCUUCUUAUGCCCUUCAUUGGCUUUCUAGAGUACCAAAAGAGGUAGUGGACAUAGACAGUCCUGAUUGGAACAAAGGACGAAUCGAUUACUCAAAUUCCACAGAGGAAGUAGUAAGUAAGGGCUUAUGA